GCAGCCGGGGCCGCUCAGCCGGGGCCGCGCUCGGCGCUCCCGGGCGCGGCGGCGGCGGCAGCGGCGGCUGCGGCGGGGAUGGGGCCGCGGCGCUGAGCGGGGGGGGCCCGGCGGGGCGCGGGGGGGCCCGGGCCGGCGCCCCCCGGUCCCGGAGCGAUGGGCGAAUGGACCAUCCUGGAGCGGCUGCUGGAGGCGGCGGUGCAGCAGCACUCCACCAUGAUCGGCAGGAUCCUGCUAACGGUGGUGGUGAUCUUCCGCAUCCUCAUCGUGGCCAUCGUGGGCGAGACGGUGUACGAGGACGAGCAGACCAUGUUUAUGUGCAACACGCUGCAGCCGGGCUGCAACCAGGCCUGCUACGACAAAGCCUUCCCCAUCUCCCACAUCCGCUACUGGGUCUUCCAGAUCAUCCUGGUCUGCACCCCCAGCCUCUGCUUCAUCACCUACUCGGUGCACCAGUCGGCCAAGCAGCGCGAGCGCCGCUACUCCUUCCUCUACCCGCUGCUGGACCGCGACGCCAAGAGAGCCAAACCCAUCAACGGGGCGCUGGCGCCCGGCCCCGACGGGGGCUGCAAGGAGGAACCCGACUGCCUGGAGGCCAAGGAGCUGCCCGGGCCCCUCCCGCGCGCCCCCCGCAGCUCCAAAGCCAAGCGCCAAGAGGGGAUCUCCCGCUUCUACGUCAUCCAGGUGGUUUUCCGGAACGCUCUGGAGAUCGGUUUCCUGGCCGGGCAGUAUUUCCUCUACGGCUUCAACGUCCCGGCUAUUUUUGAGUGCGACCGCUACCCCUGCGUCAAGGAGGUGGAGUGUUACGUGUCGCGCCCCACCGAGAAGACGGUUUUUCUGGUGUUCAUGUUCGCCGUCAGCGGCGUUUGCGUCUUGCUCAACCUGGCCGAGCUCAACCACCUGGGCUGGCGCAAGGUCAAGGCCGCGGUGCGCGGGGUGCAGGCGCGGCGCAAGUCGCUGGUGGAGGUGCGUAAAAAGGACCUUUCUCCCCCCGUCCCCCCGCCAGCGCUGGGCCGGACGCAGUCCAGCGAGUCUGCUUAUGUCUGAGACCCCCCCCCCCCCCGAAAGUGUGGGGGGGCAACGGUGCUGCCCCCCACCUCCCCAAAAUCCCCGGGGUGCGUCCCCACCACCCCGAUUCACCGCAAGGGCUGACGCCGAGUUUCGGCGUUGAUCGACCUCAUCAUGGUGCAAGCGGGGAGUGGGGGGGGCCCACGACCCCGCCGGGGGGAGCACAGCACGUGUGGGGGUUAUUUAUUUGUCAGAGGGGUUGUGGGGGGGCAGAGCCCCCCCACGAUGUAAAUAAACGGGUUGGAGGGUUGAGUGCUGAGCUCUACAUGGUGGGUUUGGGGGUGUUCCUGGGCAAUCCCCCCCCCUGCCGAGCGUAGCGGGGGGGCCCCCCCUGGAUUUGCAGCCUCUAAUCCGCUCUGUAA